AUGGCAGAUAGGUACGAAGAUGAAAAAAAGGAUGUUGGAAAGAACAUGAUAAGUUUGAGAAAAAAAAAACAAAAGAAGUGUUUGGAAUUGAAGGAGAAGAAUAUGAAAAAAAUAAAGGCACAAAAAUUGAUUAAUAAGAAAAAACGAACCGAUUUACGACUACGAACUUUGCGUUACGAAAAGGAAUACGAAGAGGAACGGAAAAAAAUUGCUGAAUUGAAAAGAGAAGCAAGAAAAAAUAACUGUUUUUACAGAGAAGCAGAAAAGAAAGUGGUUUUUGUGAUAAGAUUAAAGGGUGUAAAUAAAUUGUCACCAAAAGUUCGAAGUGUAUUUCGUUUACUAAGACUGUUGCAAAUACACAAUGGAGUUUUUGUUAAGGUUAACAAGGCAACAAAGGAAAUGUUAAAAAUUGUGGAACCGUAUAUUACAUAUGGAUACCCAACCAUUUCGACCGUAAGAAAAUUAUUAUAUAAAAGAGGUUAUAUAAAAGUAGGAAAAGUAAGAAAAUACGCCAGAAAAAAAAUCCAAGAUAAUCAUGAAAUUUCAAAACAUUUGGGUAAAUAUAAUAUUCAUGGUAUUGAAGAUAUGAUAUAUCAAAUUUAUACCUGUGGCCCUGUUUUUAAAAAAGUUAACAAUUUCUUAUGGGCAUUUAAAUUAAAACCUCCCAAAAAAGGUUUCAAGGCAAAGAGACAUGCAUUUAAUGAGCCAAGACCUGGUGAUUGGGGAAAUCGGGAGAACCACAUAAAUGAGUUGAUUAAGCGAAUGAUAUAA